AUAUUGGGUAAAUGGGGACAUCUUAACCGCCGUUAAGUAACGUCGCCGUGGAAUGGACGGUUCGCGAGCACCAUAGUCGGAGCCGGGCCUAGGGCCGGAGGCCGGAGAGUCGGUCAAUCAAUCUAAACAGUUCGGAGAAGAGUUAGACGAAGACGAAGAAGAAAUCUGGAAGGAAUGAGACCUAACAUCGUCACAGAGGCAGGACUUCCAACUAGGUUGAACCAAUGGUGGGCUGGUAUUCCAUUUAUUACUUCUAGUGUGACAGUUAUUUGUGGGAUAAUUUACGUGGUAUGUUUAUUGGCCGGGUAUGACUCGUUUGCCGAGAUAUGUUUCUUUCCUUCUGAAGUGGUUUCAAGGUUUCAAGUGUACAGGAUUUAUACAGCUGUUCUCUUUCAUGGAUCCCUUCUGCAUGUUGUUUUCAAUAUGUUGGCACUUGUACCUCUGGGGACAGAGCUGGAGAGAAUCAUGGGAUCCAUUCGUCUGCUGUACUUGAUGAUCUUGCUUGCUACAAGCAAUGCUAUUUUCCAUCUCAUUAUAGCUUUAAUUGUGUCCCACAAUCCUCUACACGCAUAUCCAUUUCUCAUGCAUGAGUGUGCCAUUGGUUUCUCGGGAAUAAUAUUUUCUAUGAUUGUUAUAGAAACCAGCCUGAGUGGCGUACAAGCUAGAAGCGUUUUUGGACUCUUCAAUGUGCCUGCCAAGUGGUAUGCGUGGAUACUGUUGGUACUCUUUCAACUUCUAGCAACAAAUGUUUCAUUGUUGGGACACCUGUGUGGAAUUUUAUCAGGAUUUGCAUACUCUUAUGGAUUAUUCAAUUACUUUUUACCCGGAUCAUCCUUUUAUGGUGCAAUUGAGAGCUCAUCACUUUUAUCAGCAUGCGUCAGGCGUCCUGGAUUUAUUCUGUGUAGUGGAGGGGCUACAUAUGGUAACCUGCCAACACAUUUAAAUUCAAGCACUGCUCCAAGUAGCCUAGUUUCAGAGAACUUGUGGAGAAAUAUUACCUCAUGGAUGCCACAAAGGGGAACAACUACCAAUCAGCAAGCUCAAGACUCAAGAUUUCCUGGAAGGGCUAGGACACUUGGUUCUGCAAGAAACCAGCCAACACCUGGAGUGGAUUCUGAUUUAAGUUUGCAGGCUGGACUUUUGGAAAAUUCUGAUACAAAUAACCAUUUGGAAACAUCAACACUUGCUACUGGAACGCAUUUAUCAGAUGCAAGGCAUUUUAAUGUUCUAACAGACGGCACCACUGAACUAGCCACACAUAAUCAGAUUUUAGAUAGCUUUGAAGAAAAACUGAAGAAACUAGUGGGGAUGGGUUUUGAAAAGACUCUUGCUGAAGUCGCUCUUGCAGCUGCUGAUGGAGAUACUAAUAUUGCUAUUGAAAUCCUCAUGAGUCAGCAGG